AUGUUUAGUGAAACCUUCAACACAUUAUUCUCUGGUAUAUUCCAAAAGAAUAUCAUACCUAUCAAUCCCUACCAUAUUUAUAUAAAUAAUGACCAAAAAAAGCAUCGAAGCAAUACAGAUACCAUCAGAAGAAAAGAAGAACAAACUGACAUCUUAACGUUCACCAAUCUGAUAGAAAUCAAUACUACAACUCAUGCUGAAGAAGAAGAAGAAGAAGAAGCAGGCAAGAAUGUAAUAAUAGAUUUCGUUACGAGUUAUAGAGAUUUCCUUAAAUUAAAGAAAUCGAAAGAACGUAAAGUUGAAGAUAUAAUAUUGAAUAACUUUGAACCUAAUCCAGAUUAUAAACCACCUAAAUAUCCAGUUGUUUUAUGUCAUGGCUUAUCUGGAUUUGAUAGAUUGGUAUUGAUCCCUUCUAUUUAUUCACUGACUAAAUUAAUUAUGAAUAGUAUAAAUUCUGAUAAAUCUGAUAAUUUCUUAAUAGACGACCGUGACGACGAUAGUGACGGGAAAACGACAGUGGGAAAUGUUUCUGAACGAGCUAAAGAUGAUAAGAAGAUUGCUCAUAGGUUAGGAGAAGUGGAAUAUUGGAUUGGUAUUAAGGAAAUAUUGGAAGAAAAAGGAUGUUCUGUUUUAACUACUCGAGUUCCAAGUUUUGGUAGUAUUGAAGAACGUGCCCUAGCAUUACAUGAAUUUUUGGAAUCAGAAAUUAAAAGAAAAUUAAACAGCAAAGGAAAAGAUAAUAGUAAUGGGAAAGUGAAAUUAAAUUUGAUUGCUCAUUCUAUGGGAGGAUUAGAUUGUCGAUAUUUAAUUUCAAAAAUACCAAAGAAAAAUUAUCAAGUCGUAAGUCUUACUACGAUAUCAACGCCUCAUCAUGGAUCAGAAAUGGCAGAUUAUGUUGUUAAUCUUUUUGAAAAAUUGAAGACUGUACCCUCGUUUGGGACAAAUGAUAGUACGACAUCAUCUACUCAAAUAUUACCUUUAUGCUUUUAUCAAUUGACAACAGAUUAUAUGAAAUAUUUCAAUUUCAUUACACCUGAUGAUCCCAAAGUUGCAUAUUUUUCAUAUGGUUGUUAUUUCCAACCUAAAUGGUAUAAUGUAUUUGCCAUGAGUUGGAAAAUAGUAUAUGAUGCAUCGAAUGGUGCAAGAAAUGAUGGGAUGGUGACUGUCGACAGUAGUAAAUGGGGUCAAUAUCAAGGUACAUUGGCCAACAUUGAUCAUUUAGAUAUUAUUAACUGGAAAAACAAAGUGAAACUGGAUUUAGGUAAGAUGAUAUUGAAUUUAAAAAAUGAAAAUUUGAAGAAAAUGGUUGAACCUGACAUUGAUAUUUUAGAAUUUUAUGUUAAUAUUACAGAUAAUCUUGCCAAGAAGGGAUUUUAG